AUGGCGGACAUUGAGUUUAUUGCCCUCACAACCAAGCCCUCGGUGCAGCUAAGCUACAGCUUCCAACCCUCUCCACAAGCCACCAGCCCCGUGCUGGUCGUCUUCCUCAACGGCCUAGGGCUUCCCCAAGCUUUCUGGCACCCCGUGAUUGCUCAGCUGAAGACCAUCCGCGAAGGUCGGAGCAUUCCCAGCUUCUUGACCUAUGAUCGUUUCGGUCAAGGUCAAACCGCCGACCGCGACCCCCAGGAUGCUGAUGCCGAGGAUCCCACCCACGGGCACGACUGCCUAGUCGCCGUGAAGGAUGUGCGUCAAUUGAUCACUCAGAUCGCAACUGAGAAACUAGGAGUAUCCGACGUCGACUCCGUCUCCGUGGUUUUGGUCGGCAACUCUAUCGGCUGCGCACUGGCCCGUCUUUACGCCCAAGAAUACCCAGGCACUGUGUCAGCCUUAUUGCUUCUCGACAGCGUUCUGGCCAACUCCGACUUCGUUUCAGUGUUCCCCGACCCGGAUGCCGCAGAUUUCGACCCUGCCAGUAUUCAUCCUAUUCCUGCAGAGGCUAUCCGCGCGGUUCGGGCUGGUGCCCGUCGCAUCUUCCAUCCUGACGUUGGCAACAAGGAAGGACUUAGUCGCCGCAACUUGCGCGAGUUGCUGCCUGCUAGUGAUGGACCUUUGCUUAAAGGCCCUGAUGGACACGGUCCUUAUGUAACCGUGGUGGGCCAUGAUUUUGAUACCUUUGCUGAGGAGUCGUCCAAGAUGGGUCCUCCUAAGCCAGUGACCAACCGCUUUGUUAACCCCUACUGGCAGCACUACAAUGAAGGACUGGCCAAGAUCACAGAGUCGGAUUAUAGCAAAGGACCCAUCAUUGCGCCCAAUGCGGGCCACUUUGUGCAGAAGGACAACCCGGAAUUCGUGGCACAGGAGCUUAAUGAGUUGCUCGAGAAGGUUCUAUAA